AUGAAGUUUGGAAAGCUACAGGAGUUUAUAUACUCCCUAAGCACGCAAGAUAAAUACUCGGAAUUUGAUCCUAAAAAGUCUUUCAAUAGAGUGAAUACUCAGGAAACGGAGUUACUCUUCUCGCACCACAAUCAAUCUAACGCAUCCUUAAUUGGUGGACCAACUAACGAUGUUGAAUCUAACGUCAACAAAAACCAAUUUGAUGGUGUCCAUGAAGUGAGGUUGGCAUGGAGACACAUUAAGAACUGGUUAUUAAAAUAUUCUCCUGAUUUGAAUUCAUCUUUGCAAAGUCCAUGUACGGAUGCGGAUCUCACCGAUUUCCAAAAGGAUUUGAACAUCAAGUUACCUAACUGUCUUAUAGAAUUCUUCAAGAUAACGGACGGCCAGUCAUAUUUUAACGAUAAUGGGUCUGGUGGUUUGGUAUUUGGGUUAAAAUUAAUGCCUAUAGAUGAAAUAAUGGUGAUGACAGAACAUUGGAGAAAAGUAGCUGACUACUUGAAUCUGAAGUUGUUACACGCGAACCAGACCAACAAAUUGCAAGAACUCAGUAAGUUAGAAACAAGCCAUGCAAACAGCAGUCAACUCAAGUUCUCAUCAUCUAAUCUUGAUCUCAUGGAACCAGUCAAAAUUGCCAAACAACAAAGACAAGAAACUGCUGAUUCUCCUAGUAUUCCUCGCCAAAAAUCUAUACCACCCGGAACAAUACAUGAUUCUUUUGCACAUCCUAUGUGGAUUCCGAUUAUUACUGAUGAAGUAGGAAAUUGUAUCGGUAUAGAUUUAUGUCCUCCAACCAACGGUGGAGGAAUAUGGGGUCAAGUGAUUCUUUUUGGUAGAGAAUUCGACAAUAAAUACUUGAUCGCUGAUAACUUUGGGGAUUUCUUAUUAAUAUUUGCUAACGAUCUCGAAAUGGGUAAUUGGGACUUCAGAUCGAACCAAACUAAUAAUAACGAAGAUUUAUUAAUUGGUAGCGAAGGUGAAUUAGUCUUUGUUGAAAAGUCAACAAACAAAGAAAUUCCGUACCUUGAAGUAUUAAAGAAAAGAUGCAUUGAAAAAUGGCUUUCUUCAUUGAACGAACAGCAUUCUGAAAAAUCCGAAGAAAUAAAGCAAUUGAUCAAGGACUUGAACCUGAAUUCUUCCAGUAUAUUAAAGUUCAAAAACUCGAUGGAUCAAUUUGUCAACAACAACUUAUCAAACAUAGAGGGUAUCAAUGAUCCAAUUACUCAUUCAGAGGCCAAAGUAGCAGGCGGGUCAAAUAAGACGAAGAAUCAAGAAAAAGUGGGGGACACGAAGGGUAUCAAACAAGAUGAUAGCUCGAAACUUUCCCUGGCAAUGUCGACUUCUGAUGAAGAUGAAUAA